AUGAUUACGAGAGAGAUUCUGCUGUUGGGCGGACUCAUUGACUGCUCUAAGGAAAGUAUCGGAAAUGCACUCACAGAACAAAAAGCUGGACGAGCCAUAGCAAUUGCUGUUGGCGGAGCUGAAGAAGCUCUCGAAGCCCGUCCGGGGGCGCACAAGUUGAAAUUGCUCACACGGAAAGGAUUUGUAAAAUUGGCACUCCAAUAUGGCGCCUCUCUAGUUCCCGUGUAUUCGUUCGGGGAAAACGAUCUUUUCUAUCAGCUCGAUAAUCCUGAGGGAUCUUUGGUGCGCAAAUUCCAAACAUUGUCGAAAAAUCUGCUCGGAAUUUCGAUGCCUCUUUUCUACGGAAGAGGGCUGCUUCAGCUAAACUUCGGCUUUCUACCACAUCGGAGACCGAUUAACACUGUUGUUGGAGCACCGAUAGCCGUUCCGAUGGUGCCCGACCCGAGUGAUGACGAAGUGGACCGCGUCCAUCGUCAGUACUGCGAAUCCCUUACGGAGCUUUUUGAACAACACAAGACUCGAUACGGUGUUCCCGAGGAAGCAACGCUCACCUUGAUCUGA